AGGCGCUUUUGGGCGUAUUAUAAUUAAUAAUUUAAUUUCUUUUCUGAAGUUUAACCACCAGGAGGUGUGAAUAUAGUACAGAAGUGGAUGAUUUAGUGUUUGUCGGUUUGCAGUGUUUAUGAUCGAAGCUUAUCGGCAGAGAAUUUCCAAAAUGGCAGAAACCGCACUUGAAACAACAAUGGAAAUUGGUGCAAUAUCGGCACGUGGCUGUACUUUAAUUGGAGAAUUGCCAGAAAUAAUGAUUCAUAUAUUUCAAUACUUGAAAGAUGAGGAAUUAGAUUUAUGCAGCCGAGUGUGUAUCCUGUGGAGAGAUAUCAUCGUAAAUAUAAUGUAUCACCGAGUAACAAUAAUCACAAGGAGAAUUCCUCUUAGUGUAAUAUACUCCGCAGUCGAAGAAUCGGAAAAUCUACGUCCGUACGUUGGGUUCGACGAUCAUUUUCAAUACAAUUGGUUCGUUGUAGAUUUAGGAGAUGAACCUGAACCUACGAUUGAGUCUACAUAUGAUCUUAUUGAAUUCGGAGAAACUACACUUCCUUUUAUUCCAGGUUAUAAACGUUCGGACAUUAUUGAAAAAUUGUAUGGUCAUGAAUAUUCGGACAUUAUUGAAAAAUUGUAUCGAAAUGAUGGCACACGUCUUUUUCCUGAUCAUUAUAAGUUGGCAUUAACAGCAGAAAUACAAAUAUCAAUGUUUCCAAACAUUUCAGGUUUCAAUAUUAUUAAUUAUUCUUUGGUACAGUUUAAAAUUCUAUUUGUAUUUCAUGGCUUAAUAGAUUUGAUAAACAAAAUAAAGAAUGUAUACCACAAAAUGAACAUCCCCGACGAACAAAAAAAAUGUGUCAUCAUCUACGAAGAUUUUGCCUUAAGGAAAAUUAUGGACAAAAUUGUGAAUUACCCAAUCGACAGUGAUGAAUACAGGAUCACAAUAUUUCAUGGGGAGAGAGUGAAUGCUUAUGUUCUUUUUCUUGAUGCAUCUGAAACUGAUUAUACAACAAUCAAAAAGAAAUUGGAAAGACUGAAAUAUUCUGAACUCAAAAUGGUACAAAAGAGUUGUUUCCUGUAUAUUUUCAAUUAUAAUUAUGAAGAGUGGAUCGAUAUAGCAAGUCGGGCAUUUAGAGAAGUGUUUCCUCUAAUAAACUACGUUAUUUAUAAGUUUUUUCCUUUAUAUAUAUCACUCCCAGGAGAUAUGAUCUAUUUUCGUGAACAAACCGAUUAUUGGAUCUACUCUAUUAUAACGGUUUUCGUAUGGUGGGAAUAAAUUUAUUGCAUUAAACUAGUUUUCUUAAAAAUGGGCAUUUGAUUGAGAGUAUUGUUCUACACAGGAGUUUUAAUCUUAUUUCCACCAGGGCCACACAGAAAGUUUUAGUAGUUUUCAAUGGGCGGUUAUAACCACUUUUCUUUAUAAAAAUGAAUAAAUAACUAUAUAUGUGUCUUGAGAACACAAUGUUUUAAACUGCAGAGUAUGAAAUUACGGUGUUUUAUUGUAAUACCAGUUUUCUAAUCGCCAUUAAUAUAAUUCAAUUAAUUUUAGUUCAUUAAUGUAAAAUAUCCCAAUUUUCUGAGAUUUUCUUCGAAUAAUUAGCCUAAUAAUUGGCAGAAUCGUAAUCUUUCCUCCGUGCCUGGAAUCAUUCCUGCAAUCGCCUCCUAAUGUUCAUUAAAAUCAGUGACGUCACUAAACAGGCCAUCAAAAGGACAGGUAUUUAUAUAUUGAUGUUUCGUCUUAACCAAUGGCUUUUUUUGUUUUGUAACUUAUUUACAGUGUCUCAAACAUCAUAAGCGCUUAUCUAUUGUAACUAAUUCACACCUGUAAUUUUCAA